ACCCUUUUCUACUCUCAGUAGGAGAUCAGGGGAUUGAAAGAGAGAGCUUCAACUGAGAAGAGACGGUAACGAAACAAGUCUGCUAAGCUGCGAAGAACUCAGAAUCUCUCUUAAUCUCUGUUUAUCAAAAUGAGUACCAUGAAGUUCUGCCGCGAAUGUAACAACAUUCUUUACCCUAAGGAAGACAAAGAGCAAAAGAUCCUUCUCUAUGCUUGCCGCAACUGCGAUCACCAGGAGAUUGCCGAUAACAACUGCGUCUACAGAAAUGAGAUACACCACGCUGUUGGGGAGCGUACCCAAGUCUUGCAGGAUGUGGCUGCAGAUCCAACUCUCCCACGUACAAAAUCAGUUCGUUGCACUCAAUGCGGUCAUGGAGAAGCUGUUUUCUUUCAGGCAACUGCGAGGGGAGAAGAAGGUAUGACACUAUUUUUCGUCUGCUGCAACCCUAAUUGUGGCCAUCGUUGGAGAGACUGAAUUAACCCUGUACAUUCAAGCGUGCAGUGGAAACUUUUGUAUUACUCAUCUUUCAAGAACCUUACUCUAACAAAACUUGUUUCAACUAUUUGGGAUCUACUAAUUAAGAGGAGAGUGGGUAGAGAGAGCGAAUUUGUUAUGAUUUGCGUGCACUUGUGGUUUUGAUUGUCAUAUUAGUUACUUGAAUGUAAACCCAUGCAUGCUUUGAUCAUGGUUAAAAAUGUUGACCUUGUUGAAUUAUUUCUCUAGUCACCCUUUCUACA